UCACGUGACGCUGCGGUGUUAUGUCUAUGUUUCCCUCGUGGAAAGGACCAGGAAGUGACAGCACGAGAAUCUGCUGCUGUCAGUCAGAGUUUCCCAUAAUGCAUUGCUGACUGUGUCAUGUGACCUGCGCCGUCUUAGCGGUACAGCAACAUACAGAUGUUUCUUCAUAAAAUCGGGAGACUCUUGGAUUCAUCAAGAACUCGUAAUAAUUCAUGGAAGCCGAAAUUUAAUCUCUUCUAUAUAUCUUCUUGUAGACGAAAUGAGCACAUAGCCACCAUGUCACAUACAGAUCACAGCACUGGGACGCAGGUGAAAGGCAAGAAAAUAUCUGUGGAAGGGAAUAUUGCAGCAGGAAAAUCCACCUUUCUGAGACUGGUAAGCAGCGCACAUGAAGGAUGGAGCUUUGUAGCGGAGCCUCUUAGGAAGUGGCAGCACGUCCAGUCCUCAUCGCAUCAGGGUAUGGACAAUUUGCUACAGCUGAUGUAUGAGGAUCCUGCACGCUGGUCUUACACAUUUCAGACACUUUCUUGCAUGGGUCGUUUCAAAACUCAGAUUGAGCCCUUUUCAGAGAAGUUACUUAAGCAGCGAGAACCCGUUCAGAUUUUUGAAAGAUCUGUGUAUAGUGACAGAUUUGUAUUUGCAAAGUCUCUAUUUGAACUUGGCCAUUUAAAUGAAAUGGAAUGGUCUCUGUACCAAGAAUGGCAUUCGUUUCUUAUUCAGGAGUUUGGGAACAGAGCCACUUUGGAUGGUAUUGUGUAUCUACGAGCAACUCCAGGAAAAUGCUUUGAGAGGCUUCAGAAGAGGGCUCGAAAGGAAGAAAAGACUGUUACAGAAAAGUAUCUUGAAAAGUUACAUGACCAACAUGAGAGUUGGCUAAUAAAUAAAACAACAGAUGUCUAUUUUGAACAGAUCAAGAAAAUUCCAAUUCUUGUGUUAGAUGUUGAAGAGGAAUUUGAAGACGACCCUGUAGCUAAUGAAUAUCUCUGCAUGAAAACCAAGGCCUUUUUAGACGGAUUAUAGGUUUUUAUUGGUAUUACUAUGACUUUUGUCUACAUAACUAUUAUUGUAAAUAUUUAACAAGUAAAUGUAAGUUUUAAUGAUCUGUUUGCUCUGCAUAUUUGUUUGGGUAAUUUCUCUGCGUAGCUCACAACUACUUGGAUCGGGCAAUAUUAGUACUUUCGUGUAUGUGGACCUACACUUGUAUCUCGAGAACAGUGGAUCUUAAAUUCGGUCCUUUGGACUUCAAACAGUUUUUCCAGGUCACCCAGUAGGAGCACAGGUGUACUCAUUACUCACUGACACAUUUUAAAAGAUCUACAGGUGGAGCUUAUUUUUUUCACUUGUGAUUCUCUGAGAAUACCUGGAAAACCUAAGCUGUUUGGGGUUCUGAGGACUGAGUUUGAGAACCUGAGUUCUAGAACAUAGGUUUUCAAUAUUCUAGAACACAGGUUCUCAAACAUGGUCCUCAGGACCCCAAACAGUUCAUGAUUUCCAGGUCUCCUCACAGAAUCACAAGUGAAAUAAUGAUCUCCACCUAUGGGUGUUUUAAAAUGUUAGUGAGUAAUUAAUACACCUGUGCAUCUGCCAGGUGACCUGCAAAACGUGAAGUGUGUGGGGUCCUGAGGACCGAGUUUGAGAACCACUGUUCUAGAAGAAUUAAAGCCUGUUUUUUUUUGUUUUUUUUUUUGGUGUAAAAAAUAGUUUAUGUUCCCAGAGGUCCACUUUUUGCAUUUCCAAAUUAUGCUUUGUGAAGAUGUUGGUGUUGAACUAUUUAUUUUUGUAUGUUUGUAAUAUUAUUUCUUUAUAAAUAUUUAAAAAAUGGUUUGUUCCUUCCAUAAUAUAUAUGUAACAUAACUUGUUUAUCAAGUGCAAUAAACUUUAAAUUCAG